UUCCACUCCACCCAUCCGUGUCCAAUGUGAGGGGGAGGUGAAACAGUUGAGCGCUUACUGUGCUGUCAACUGGCAUUAUUUUUCGUCGUCUCGGUCCGGGGAAAGCGACUCGUGUGCGACGGCUCUCCACCAGAGUUCAACCCAGUUGGAGCAACAAUGACUUCCCAUGUAAAACUGCGAAAGGAGAAGACUGGUAUGGUGGACUACGACACUCAAAUCAAAGAGGUGCGUUGCCAGCUUGUAGACCAGCUGAAGGUCUUGGAUUUGCAACUUGAGCAGAAGAGCCAGCAGCUGCAGGACCUGACGGACUACCUGCGUCGUCGGGGGGAAAUUGAAAGCGAGUACGCCCGCUCCCUUGAAAAACUCUCUGAACGGUUCACUUCCAGGAUCAAAAGGAAGGAGCCCAGCAGUCACUCCGUGUCCCAAGUGUGGCUGGCUCUGCUUUCCCAGACCCGCCAAGAAAGUAAAGGCCACAGCGCAAUGAGCGAGCACUGCAGCAACUUCCUCCUCCAGCCCCUCACGCACUGCCUGGAGUACACACAGCGCCUUGCCAAGAAGAGCAAAGACAUCUGUACUCAGCUGCAAGAUGGACUACUCAAGGUUACCACAGAGCUUCAGACUGCAUGGCGGACAUACUUCCAGUACCACUCGGACUACAUUUGUGCAGAGGGGAAGCUGAAGGAGGCCGAGAAACAGGAAGAAAAACAAAAGCAGAGUGCUUCUAAGAAGCUGGAGAGGUUGAUAGAAAAAAGACAAGGCAAAGUCCAGGAGAUCGACUUGAAGUGCACCAAGGCACGAAACGAUUACCUCCUAAACUUGGCUGCAGCCAAUGCCUCUGUGAACAAGUACUACCUCCAAGACAUCUCUACUCUCAUAGAUUGUGCAGAUGUGGGAUACCACCUCACUGUGGGUCGGGUGAUGCAAGCUUACCUGUCCGGUCGGGGGCGUACCCAGGAGAACCUGACCACGGGGCUGCAGCAGGUCCAAGAAACCGUCUCCGGACUGGACCAGAGCCACGACAGAGACACGCUGCUGCAGGACCAUUACAACACCUUCUGCAUGCCCCUUCGCUUCCCCUACCAGCCCCAUGAUGGAGACCAGGUCUCCGAGGUGAGUGCAGAGGGUGAAGUGAGAUGCGAGCUGGAAAUCCGGUUCAAACAGAUACAAACAAGGCUUAAAGCUGUGACUCCGGAAACCGAGGAGGCUGGUAGCAGCAGGCUGGCGGCACAGGCUUCCCUGCUGGAGAGCAUUGGAGAUGAUGAUCUGGAUCUUGCCAAUGGCUCAUCUCAGCAGGACAGCACUCCCAGUGGGCCCCGCCGCAGGGCCAACGCACAGGAAAUAGAAAACGUCUACUUAUCUAAAGUAAAAGAACACCUCCAACUCGGCUCCCUGGAAUCUAAACUGCAAGUCAAACAUGACCUGCUCAAAGUGGCUUUAGAGAAAGAGCCAUCAAAUGGACAGCAGCCUAGACACAAUGGAAAGAUGACGCGUCUCAGGAAGAAUCUCUCAUGUGCUAAUUUGAUUCACAACCACAAACUUUUCGGCGGAGACAUGCUGUCUUUCAUACAGGCAUCAGGACAACAGAUUCCAAUUGUUGUGGAAAGUUGUGUCUGUUAUAUCAACCUUAACGGUCUCCACCAUGAAGGGAUAUUUAGAGUGCCGGGAUCUCAGGCGGAGGUCAACCACCUUCGUGAUGCAUUUGAGCGAGGAGAGGACCCCCUGGCUGACCGGAGAUAUGAACUGGACUCCGUUGCUGGAGUGCUGAAGCUUUACUUCAGAGGUCUGGAGAAUCCCCUGUUCCCCAUCGACAGCACCGGCCUACUCUUGGAGCAUAUCCAAAUCAAGAACGCGGAAGAGCGAGCAGCUCAGCUAAAACUAGUCAUCUCUUCCUACCUCCAUCCCGUCAUCGUCGUCAUGAGAUACCUUUUUGCAUUCCUUCACCAUGUGUCUCAGUACAGUGACGAGAAUAUGAUGCAGCCUUACAACCUGGCUGUGUGUUUCGGCCCCAGCCUGCUAAGAGGGGCUCACGACGACGAUGCCGUCACUCUACAGCCUCAGAUAAACGCCCUGGUGAAGAGCAUCAUCGUCCAGCACGAAAGCAUCUUCCCCAGCCAGAGCGAAGUGCAGGGGCCGGUGUAUGAGAAAUGCAUGACACUGGAACAGGACGACUGUGAGACCAUCCUUGAAGAAGGAGAUGUAGAAGCAGAGUUCAAAGAUGCGUUGGAAACGGGAACGUCAGCCGUCAACGGCGCCGGCUCGUCUGCGGCAUCAACACAGAAGAAGACGGAACGCCCUCGAGCCAACAGCAGCGGAUCCGUCGACGCCAGCAGGUUGACGGGCGGACCAGUCGGCUUCAGCGUCGCUUCAAGCGGAAAGCCAACGCUCCAGAUUCCCGUUGGACCGCAGUGCAGGUCACGAGGCCACUCUGCUGGCUAUUUGCGCAGAGAGGUUCAGGGACACUCGUCUCCUGAGGAUAUUGUCGUUAAAGUAGACAAGGAGGUUUGUCGCCAGAUGGACUCUGUCUUCGUUGAGCUUCUUUCACGGCAAGCACUGCAGGAUCCCUCCUCCUCCGCCGCCUCCUCUCCCUCUGCCCAGGGUUCCCAGAAGAAAGGGAAGCGGGACGGCUGCAGGUGAAGAGAUACGGGGCUCUUCAGAGCAGCAGAUUCACUGGAAUGAGAGGACUGGCAGCAGUAGAUGAAUGUAAAAGAGUGAUAAUACAAUAUUCCAAUUCUCUGGAGGUGUCCUGACAGCAGCUUUCAGCACAUUUCUGUAUAGCAAACUAAAAGCAUUGACUCAGUCACUUCUCUGAGAUGCUUGAGAUGGGUCUGGGCUUCUUUCCACUGGGUGACUCCGCGCACACAACUCUACAUUCACGUUCCUUACAGUGCGACUCUGCAGUUGCCUGUAGUAAAGUGUAGAUUUCUUGAAAUGCACAGAUGUGUCUGUGUACAGCUGCAUGUGGUUAGGUAGUAGAUGGUUUCAUGUCUGUGUCUUUUUACAUUCAAUUGUUAUCACUUUCAAUCAGAUGUGUUUACGAACAUGAGGCUUGCCUCGUUGGUGAAACUGAAUACUCUAGCUGUAAAGAGUAAAUAUUAUUUGUAACUUGCAAAACUGUGAAUGAUUUGUCCUCCUAUCCUUCGUGUCUAAUUAAUAUUUUGUCUGCGCUUUCUUGUUGGUGAUAUCAGUAGUGAUAUUUUUGAGGAGUUAUUAAAUAAAUUUUACUCUAACCCUUGAUUAUUUUUACUGAAAGUAAAAGAAGUAGAGGCUAUUUUAGCAUAAGCCGUUUGGCGGUAACAGAUGAAUGAAACAAGUCAAACCACAGAUUGUAUCACAAACAUAACUAAAUGUGACAGUGAGAAAAGAAAAACCAUAAAAUGUUUUUCACAACAUUUUGACUUGUAAAAUUGCUCCCCAAGUACACCAAGAAUAGUGUACAUACACUGCAUUCUCACGCUUACCAAAAUAUUUGUACUGCUUUGUCAUCCAAAAAUUUCCAAACGAGUCAUUACUUGACGAAUGUCUUACUGUCAGUGCUACAGUAUAUUAUCAUACAUAAUUAUGAUAAUUAUUACUAUUUUUUUACUUUGUUAAACAAAAUUACAUAAUAGAGAUUUGGAGUAAGGGGUUAAUAGAGUAAAAGCAAAAGAGUCGUGUGUCACAGUAUGUCACACUAAACUGGAAGCAUUCUCGUACGUUGCUCAAUGUCUAAAAAACGAAUUGUGUUAUGAAUAAACAAUUCUUGCCAAUGUA